AUCUGCAAAAGUAUUUUUUUCCCCCCCCACUCUCACACGCAUUUCAGUUUGGCAGUUCUGGCUGCAGGCACAGUUGUGUGUUUGCGUGACACCCAGCGGGUCCACAUUUUUCCAACGGGUCCUUUCAUCCAGGAGGGACACAGCAAUCAUGACGGACGCCUCCACCAACAUGCGGCUGAAGCUGCCAAUUGUCUGCUUCAUCUUGCAGAUCAUCCUCAUCAUCCUCUUUGGCGUGCUGGUGCAGUAUGACCACGAGGUGGAUGCCAAGAAAUGGCACAGCCACAACCACUCAGACUACGAUAACGACUUCUACUACCGCUAUCCCAGUUUCCAGGAUGUUCAUGUGAUGAUCUUCGUUGGCUUCGGCUUCCUGAUGACCUUCCUGCAGCGCUACGGCUUCAGCAGCGUGGGCUUCAAUUUCCUGAUAGCCGCCUUCGCGCUGCAGUGGGCCACGCUGAUGCAGGGAUUCUUCCACGGCAUGCACGGCGGAAAGAUACACAUCGGAGUCGAGAGCAUGAUCAACGCCGAUUUCUGCACUGGGUCCGUGUUGAUCUCCUUUGGGGCAGUUCUGGGUAAAACCAGCCCCAUUCAGCUUCUGGUGAUGGCACUGUUUGAGGUCACACUGUUUGCGGUGAAUGAGUUCAUCCUGCUCUCCGUUCUCGGGGCCAAGGAUGCGGGCGGCUCCAUGACCAUCCACACAUUCGGGGCCUACUUUGGCCUGAUAGUUGCCCGAGUCCUUUACCGACCCAACCUGAACAAAAGCAAACAUCGGAACAGCUCGGUGUACCACUCGGACCUCUUCGCCAUGAUCGGUACUAUCUUCCUGUGGAUGUUCUGGCCCAGCUUCAACUCGGCCAUCACAGCCCACGGUGACGACCAGCACCGCACGGCCCUGAACACUUAUUACUCACUGGCCGCGUGCACACUGUCCACUUACGGCAUGUCUGCCCUCACCGCGCAUGACGGAAAGCUGGACAUGGUCCACAUCCAAAAUGCGGCCCUGGCCGGAGGCGUGGCUGCGGGCACGGCGGGGGAAAUGAUGCUCACGCCAUUUGGCUCCAUGAUCGUGGGGUUCCUAGCUGGUAUCAUCUCCGUGCUGGGAUUCAAGUUCCUCUCGCCUAUCUUGGAGGAGAAGCUGAAGAUCCAGGACACGUGCGGCGUUCAUAACCUUCAUGGCAUGCCCGGCAUUCUGGGUGCCAUCGUGGGAGCCGUCACCGCCGCCGUAGCCUCCACGGACACUUACGGAGAUGGAAUGGCUGACGUGUUCCCGGACGUGGCGACUGGCGACGUGGAGGCGUCCUUCCAGGGCAUCCGGCAGGCCAUCUCCUUGGCGGUCACCCUGGGCAUGGCCCUGCUGGGGGGGCUCAUCGUCGGGUUCAUCAUGAAGUUGCCAGUUUUUGGUGCUCCACCUGACGCACUUUGCUUUGAGGACAGUAUCUACUGGGAGGUUCCCGGGGCCGAGGAGGGCCAUGAGGACCAGUUGACCACCGUCAUGUCUGCAGAGACCGAGAAACUCAACAGCUAAACACACACGCACACACACACACACACACACACACACACA